AUCAGGUCUUUAAACUGUGUUUCAGAAAGGACUUUUGGUGCAAUGGCGAGCAGCGAUGUGCUUCCACAGGUUUCUGUACCGGAGAUGAAUGAGUUCUCUGAUCCUUCAUCACCGGAUUCUCAAGAAUUACAUGUUCUUGCCGUUGACGAUAGCCUUGUCGAUCGAAAAGUUAUCGAACGGUUGCUCAAGAUCUCCUCUUGUAAAGUGACGACUGUAGAUAGUGGAACGAGAGCUCUUCAAUUUCUUGGAUUGGAUGGGGAGAAGAAGAACUCUGAGGGAUUCAAUGUAAGAGAAGGUUUGAAGGUCAAUAUGAUAAUAACGGAUUACAGUAUGCCUGGAAUGAACGGAUAUGAGUUACUGAAGAAAAUCAAGGAAUCUUCGACUUUCAGAGAAAUUCCAGUGGUGAUUAUGUCGUCGGAAAACGUCUUACCUCGAAUCGACAGGUGUUUGGAGGAAGGAGCAGAGGAAUUUAUUGUGAAACCUGUAAAGCUUUCUGACGUGAAACGAUUAAAAGAUAGAGUUGGUGGUGGAGGUGAAGCCGAUGGGAGAUGGAUCCAACAUAGUAAAAGGAGAAAGUUGCAAGAUGCCACUACCACAGAUCUAUCAUCAUUAUCUUCUUCUCCUUCAGUUGCUUCUACUCCGUUAGCUUCUUCGACGAACACUCGGAGCAGCAGCGAUAUGGAGACCAUCACGGGAGAGCAUCAUCUGACGGAACACAACAAAAACUUUAAGGAGAUGAAAAUAAAUGAUUAGGAUUCGUGAAGUGAAGCGUAGCCAUCUCUGCAAC